AUGAAUAACUUAAUUAAGAAUGUACAAUUAAUUCAACUAAAUUCGAAUAAGUUAUUACAAGAAAAGAAAAAAACAACAAACCAUUAUAAAAAAUCCCAUUGUUCUCAAAUACAUCUUUUGUAG